AUGAGGAAGGUUGCAGCAGCCAGUGGUCAUACUGUGGUGUUAGUAGACCAGUCAGAUGAAAUCCUUAAAAAGUCUACAAAAGGAAUUGAAGAAAGUUUGAAGAGAGUGACAAAGAAGAAGUUUGCAGAUAAGCCUGAGGCUGGUGCUGAGUUCAUCGAGAAGACCUUAAAGAACCUCACAACAAGCACGGAUGCAGUAGCAGUGGUCCACAGCACGGAUCUGGUGAUAGAAGCCAUUGUGGAGAACCAGGAAAUUAAAAAUGAACUCUUCAAGAGGCUGGAUAAGUUUGCUCCUGAGCAUACGAUAUUUGCAAGCAACACUUCUUCCUUGCAGAUUACACAGUUGGCUAACUCAACCACCAGGCAGGACCGAUUUGGUGGUCUCCAUUUCUUCAAUCCUGUGCCUAUGAUGAAGCUUGUGGAGGUCAUCAAGACUCCAAUGACCAGCCAAAAGACUUUUGAAUCGCUUGUGGAUUUCAGUAAAGCAGUAGGAAAGAGUCCUGUCAGUUGUAAGGAUACUCCAGGGUUUAUUGUAAACCGUCUCUUGGUGCCAUAUAUGAUGGAAGCUGUUCGACUUUUUGAGAGAGGAGAUGCAUCAAAGGAAGAUAUUGAUGUUGCUAUGAAGCUUGGGGCUGGCUAUCCCAUGGGUCCGUUUGAACUGCUGGACUAUGUUGGGUUGGAUACCAGUAAAUACAUUAUAGAUGGAUGGCAUUCAUUAGAGCCGAACAAUCCUCUUUUUGCACCCAGCCCGCUCCUGAAUAAACUGGUAGAAGAAAAGAAGCUGGGUAAGAAGACUGGCGAAGGAUUUUACAAAUACAAAUGAACUCCAGAUCUCGAGAGGUGUUAAACUAUCUGUGUAUGCUAUUCAGCAUUGUCAUAUUACAGGUGAAUUCUGUUUAAACCUUCCCAAAGAUGGCACAAGCUGCAUUUAGAACAUGACCCACCUCUGAACUGAGUGAUUGCACUUGUUAACUAUUUCUCUGGUGAAUGCUUGAUUUGGUAGAUUAUUUUUUUCUGGUAAUUCUUAAAAGCUUUAUAGGUACAGUGCCUUCAAACAAAUGUUGAUUUUUUUUUUCAGGUGAAAAAAAGAAUGGCAAGUGAAUUUAUGUAUUUGAAACAUUAUUAUAUUAACAGGAUAAAUACUAAAAAUAACCGCACUUUCUUAAAAAUAAAAUUUUCAACAAUUCUGUAUUGAAUGUCAUGGCUUGCAGUUGAUGUACUUGGUUGUAGUCCACUGGGUGGCAGUCUCUUUUCACUCUGGCAAAUGUACAGAAGGAAAGGCAGCAAGUGGUUUUGCUAUGAUUUUUCUUAAGCAUAGUGCUAAUCUCUAAGUGUAAAUUACAGUGCCUUGAAGAACGAUUUUUUGAAGAAGAAUAAAAAUCCUGUAAUGGCAGGUUGUCACCUGGACAAAAAAGUUCCCAAUACAGCAUUUAAAAGCAUAACUUGUGAUUUGUGUUGGGAUUUUCUGGCAUUUUCAAUUACUGGUUGAGGGCCGCCUUCUGCUAGGUGCUGUAGAAACAUAAGAAGAGGUAGUUUCUAUUCUGAAGGGCCUAAUACCUCUAUUUUUUUUUAUUUUUUUUUUUUAACUAAGAUAGGAAGCUGCUAAAGUUUUAAGUAUGCUUUCUAGAAUCCUGUAAAGUGGCUUUAUUUACUGGCUAUUUAUUUUAAGUUUCAUUUUUACACGGUACGCUACUACUGUAGUUGAGUACUUCAGGGGAUUGAAAUUGAAGUCUGUGCUGUGUAAAUGAAUCGGUGUGUGAGGCACCUUCUGUUUUGCAACUUUAUUUUCUUGGGUCUUAGAGCCUGGGUUUGUUCAUGGCAGGAGGACUGCAAAUCCUGCCUUUUCUCCAAAUACUACAGAGCAAGAGGUUAUGAGGGUUGGAGUUCCAGCUCAACUGAGUAGUAGCCUUCUGAUUAUACAUAUUUUUUAAUUAAAGAAAUGAUGAAUAAUUAUUUCAUUCUGAGUUGCCUCUUCCUCCCCCAACAUCUAAUUCAGAUUGCAUAUAAAGAAACUGAGGCUGACUUAAUUUCCUUGCACACUAUCACACAAGAAAUCUCUGAGCAGAGAAUAAAAAUUGUUGGUUUAUUGGAUCCUGGUUCCUAAUUACAUAUCUUCUGAUUUUGAGUUGCUUGCCUUGAAAGAAGAGUGUUAAAGAAAUGGUACUGUAGACGAUCUCCUUCCUUUACUAAUAUAUUGUUAAAUUGAAUUAUUUUUCCUAAAAUACAGUCCACUUCUUGCAUCAGAAGUCUGUUUCAUUUGAAGGUUCUUGGUGCCUGUAAUUCAGUUUAGUGACUUUUAAGUGCUGCAGGGUGAAGUUAGCUUCAGAAAUACUGUUUUCAGUAGCAAUUAAAAAUGGGAAUGUGUAUUUGCUCUUGUGUCUUAAAAAAUGCUGUUUGUUUUUUACAAAAACAUUUAGGCAGAAUUAACUUGAUGCUGCUCCCUUUACUUGGAAGAUCAUCUUUGUUUUCAAUUUGGAAAUGCUUAGGUUUGUAGCAAGUCAUAGACUAUUUAAUAUUAAAUA